AUGAACAAUCAACAUAAUGAUUCAAUUCGGUGUAUUGCAUAUAACCCAGUUACACACCUGCUGGUAUCAUGCUCCUCCAGUGACUUUGGUUUAUGGAAACCAGAAAAGAAAUCAGUCUCCAAGCACAAAACCAACAGUAAAAUCACCUGCUGCGGGUGGACCGACGAUGGGCAGUACCUUGCUGUCGGCAUGAUGAAUGGAGUCAUGAGCAUCAGUAAUAAGAACGGAGAGGAGAAGGUGAAAAUUGAACUCCCUGGAGGUGCUCUGUCCCCAGUCUGGUCCAUUGCCUGGAACCCAUCAAAGUAUGAACCGAAUGCGACCAGCGUGGCGUGGAAUACCCAGUGUGAGGACAUGCUGUGUUUCUCAGGCAACAGAUACCUCAACAUCAAAACCAGUAACUUUCCAGUUCACCAGCAGAAACUCCAGGGCUUUGUGGUGGGGUACAAUGGCUCCAAGAUCUUCUGCUUGCAUGUCUAUGCAAUGUCAGCAGUAGAGGUUCCCCAGUCUGCUCCCAUGUACCAGUACCUGGAGAGGAAAAUGUAUAAAGAAGCAUAUCAGAUAGCAUGUCUAGGAGUGACUGACAGUGACUGGAGAGAACUGGCAAUGGAGGCCCUGGAAGGACUGGAUUUUGAAACUGCAAAGAAUGCAUUUAUCCGAAUUCACGAUCUACUCUACCUGGAGCUUAUAAACAGUAUUGAGGAGAGGAAGAAGCGUGGAGAGACCAACAAUGAGCUGUUCCUGGCAGAUGUGUCUGCCUACCAGGGGAAAUUUCACAAGGCAGCGAAACUCUACAAGAAGACCUGCAAUGACCCUCAAGCUCUCAACUUGUACACAGAUCUGCGCAUGCUUGGGUAUUCUCAGGAUUUCCUCGGCUCUGGAGACCCCAAGGACACCAAGAUGCUGAUUACCAAACAAGCGGACUGGGCUCAGAACAUGAACGAGCCCAAAGCAGCAGCAGAGAUGUACCUUUCAGCUGGGGAGCACAUGAAGGCCAUAGAAAUCAUCGGGGAUAAUGGCUGGGUGGAUAUGUUAAUUGAUCAAGCUCGGAAACUGGACAAGGCAGAGCGGGAACCCUUGUCAAAGUGUGCAUUUUUCUUCAAGAAACUGCAGCACCAUGGGUAUGCUGCAGAGACUUACAUGAAGAUGGGAUACCUUAAAUCUCUAGUCCUCCUGCAUGUGGAAACAAAUCACUGGGAUGAGGCCUUUGAAAUUUUAGAGAAGCACCCCCAGUUCAAAGACGAUGUGUAUGUACCAUAUGCACAGUGGCUGGCAGAGAACGACCACUUUGAAGAAGCACAGAAAGCGUUCCACAGGGCUGGUAGGCAGGGCGAGGCAGUGAAGGUACUCGAGCAGCUCACUCACAACACUGUUGUGGAAAGCAGGUUCAAUGAUGCACCUUAUUACUACUGGAUGCUGUCAAUGCAGUGUCUGGAUAUAGCAAGGGAAAACGAAGAGAAGAAAGAUGAAAUGUUAAAGAAAUUUCACAAGUUUCAGCACCUGGCAGAACUAUACCACGUUUACCACUCCAUCCAGAGAUACACAGAUGAACCCUUCAGUUCCCAUCUACAAGAAACACUCUUCAACAUCUCCAGAUUCUUACUGCACAACCUUACCAAGGAUAUACCACUGGGGAUCUCAAGUGUAUAUACUCUUUAUGCUUUGGCUAAACAGAGCAAAGCCCUGGGAGCAUAUAAGCUGGCAAGGCAUGCCUAUGAGAAGCUGCAGGGGCAGUGGAUCCCAGCCCGCUUCCAGGAGUCCUUGGAGCUGGGCAGCCUGACCGCGCGCUCCAAACCCUUCAUUGACAGUGAGGAGCUUGUACCAAUGUGCUAUAGGUGCUCUACUAACAACCCGCUGCUAAAUGAUCAAGGGAAUGUGUGCAUUAACUGCAGACAGCCUUUCAUCUUCUCAGCCUCGUCCUAUGAAUCCCAAACUUUGAGAUUGGAUGAGAGCGUGGAUGACACUGAAGACGAUCCAUUCACUGCAAAGCUAAGUUUUGAGCAAGGGGGCUCUGAUUUUGUUCCUGUGGUUGUGAACAAGUCAGUCCUGUGGUCCAUGAGCAGGAGAGACGUUCUCAUCAAGCGCUGGCCAAAGCCCUUGCAGUGGCAGUACUACAGAUCCCUUCUUCCUGAUGUCUCUAUCACCACGUGCCCCUCAUGCUUUCAGAUGUUCCACAGUGAAGACUAUGAACUGCUGGUACUGCAGCACAACUGCUGCCCAUACUGUCAUAGACCAAUAGAUGAGUCUAACUGAAGAGGGGACAAGACGUUCUGCAGUCUCCUGCAUAAUAAACCACAUGGACUGAGUUUCCUGUACACUACUUCAGUCUACAGAAAACCUUAUCCUGGCAACACUAUACGAUGGAGGGCAAGAAUCGAAAUUGAAUGCAUAUAUAACACAAAUAUUAUUUAUUUCUGAAUACCAAAGUCAACACCAAUUCAUAGUAAAUUUCAUGAAUAUGUACAGACUUAUUUAAGCCCUGAUUCAAAUAUUGUAACGAAUGGCCUUGAUUCAUAGCAGUUGUGUUGUUGUUGCUGUUUUUGUGUAGCUUAACACACGCUUAGUUUGUAACAUGUUUUUAAAUACCUUUUCUCAGGUAACUAUAAAAGAAUGUCACUGUAUAUCAAAGCCACCAAAUGAAAUCCAGCAGCAGUUUGAAUACCGUGCCUAAAAUAGCAAUGAGUGUGAUGCCAGAACAUAGGGCUCUUAUUAUAAAAACUGUCAGACAAAAAGUCCUAUAGAAAUGAUACAGCAUUUACAUUCCCCAUGUGUCCUAUGUUUAAACGUUAUUGUUCUUCUGCUGCAAGAAAGGAAUUGUGAAAAAUGCUGUUCAGAUAUAACUCAUAAAUACAUAUUAUAUUUUUAUUUUUCAGAUGGAAGUAUCUAUUUUUGUUAGAGUAAAAUGUGUAAUAUAAUGUAAUAUAAUUUCUAAACAGAUUGUACAGGUCUAGUACAGAUCUAGUUUUUCAUUUGUAAAACUGUUGUUGGGCUUUUUUAAUAGAUUGUUGAAUUUAAGUUAUGAAACUUAUGAUCAGAAUAUAUUGUAUUAUUGGUUUCACAACCUUGGUCAAUACUACUAGUCUUGGACUACCUUUCCUGAAUUAACAUUAGGUAGUGUAAGAUUACCCCAGUCUGUGGCUGUGUUUUAAACCCAUAUUAUAUUAAUAAAUUAGUUUAAUAUAUAUUAUCUGAAUACAGACGGUUUCAUACAUUUGUAAAUGUAUAUGUUACAAGAAUGUAGUAAAAUGUGCCUAUUUUUCUAGCAAUCAGAAGUAAACCGUAUUUCAUAGUGUUUUGAGUACACUGUUCAUGCCAUUGCUAUAAGGCUAAGUAUUUUGUAAUCUGUAAAUGUGGAAUGUGUACUGCUUUUUAAUAAAAUAAACUAUCGGA